CCCUGCCCAAAGCUACACUCAACAUAACACCAAACCCUGCAUACACUGGAGAGACAGUAACUCUGACAUGUUCAGUGGGGUCUGACAGUGGCUGGAGCUAUACAUGGUACAAAGGCAACACUAAGAAAGUAGUGACCUUGUCUGGCAGACACUCGACAACAGGAACCACCUUCACCAUCAGUAGUGCUGCUGAGUCUGACCAGGGUCUCUACUGGUGUCAGGGAGAGAUCCAGUCCAGAUCCAUAUCAUCAAUCAUCAGUGAUCCUGUCACUAUCACUGUGAAAGAGAGACCUGAGGCUGUUCUGACCCUCCAACCCAACUGGCCCCAGAUUUUCAGUGGAGAGACUGUCACUCUCAGAUGUGACAUACAGGCGGGAGAAGAGAUUGACAUAUGGCAGAAUCAACCCCAAGCUGUCCUGAGUGUCUCUCCUCAGUGGCUGGACCCUGGAGACUCGGUUACUCUGAGCUGUUGGGUUAAAGAGUCAUCUGCAAGCUGGAGGUUCUUCUGGUACCGAACUGUUCCCUACACAGCUGGGUUACUCUCCCUGUCAGAUAGGUCCUACUCUGUAGAGCCUCUAUCUGGCAAUGGGACUAGUGAAGCCUCCUACACUCUGAUCCCUACUGGUCCUAGUCACACAGGAGGAUAUGUGUGUAGAGCUGGAAGAGGAGACCCAGUUUAUGACACACUCUACAGUGAACCUCAGUUUCUCUGGUCAGGAG